AUGUCGCCUCACAUCAAGUCUUUGACGGCUCUGGCAUUCUUGCCCCUAGCUUUUGGCUUCAACCUCUGGCCCUUGGUUGAAACGGAAGCAUUGGCAGAGAUCCUACAGAUUGCACCUGCUUGUGUUGUGGCAUUAAAUUCUACCGUUGCCUGCGAUCAAGACCUCUUCCAGCGAACCAUCAACGUUGACGGGCUCUGGUGGCAAGAGCAAGAUGUCACGACGCUGUGCGGAACCGGCUGCCUCACCUCGGCACGCGAUUGGCACGCCAAUGUCGAAAGCAGCUGUGCCUACGACCUGAUGAUCCAAGGCGAUCGUCUUGUCGAGGCGGACACUCUUUCCGGUCGUUUCCUCGAGGGUCUCGAACUCGCCUGCACUCGCUCGGCAUCCAACGAAUGGUGCUUCAUCGAGCAGCAGGAGUGGACGGGGUCCGACAUGGUCACACCAGACUGCGCCGCGAACCCGGCCGAUCCGUUUUGCACGAACCCGGGGAACGUGAGCGCCGAGAACCGCCGUAUAUCGUCCCUCUACGACAACGACCUGCUGUGCUCCGAGUGCUUCCUCAAGCUCUUGUACGCCCGCGUCACGUCCGCGUUCCUCCCUGACGUCGACUACUCGGACUACCUGGUCGGGGAGUUCCAAGACAUCCAGGAGGUCUGCCAGACCACCGUCGGCGAGCUGGCCACCAGGGUGCUGCCCAACUACCCCCAUACGACGGACGCGGACGUCACUCCCAUCAGGACAGAGGUCACGUCUACCGAGACGGACGCCCCGGCGCCGACAACAACCACCUCGGAGCCCGUCCCGACCAAGGCCCCGGUGCCGGACACGGAAGAGGGCUGCGAAGCUGUGGGCUGGCAAUGGGUUGACGUCCUCGUCAUGGAAGAGUCCACCAUUGCGGAGACGGAGCUUGAGUUCUGCAACGAGGUUGCCGAAAUCUAUGGCGUCGCGACGGGCGAUUUGAUGUAUACGACAAACACCCCCGGGUGCGCUGUUUUGGACGGCUGGUCUUGCGUCUCCCCGUCUUGUCAGUUGCUCCGAGUCAGCGAGAGCUCUACCUGCGCAUCGAUUGCGGAAUCCGCAUCCAACGCAACCCACAUCGUCAACGCGGUUCAGAUAGCCACCUGGAACCCGCAUAUUCUCGGUGCUUGUGAUCAUCUGGUCAAAGAUCAUCGCCCAGGUGGCUCCUGGACGGGCCCGCCUACCAGCGAGAUCCCAGACGACAGCGAUGGUCCUGUGCGCGGCGGUCCUGGUACCACACCCACGCUUCCCAUCAUUGACAACCCCGAUACGCCACCGGAGCCGGUCCAAGAAGGCAUCUCCUCGGUCUGCAAGCGCUACGUGUUUGCGGACAAGGGCGCUUCGUGCUGGAAAGUAUCAAACGAUGGCGGCAUUACCCAAAAGAGACUAUUCGAGCUGAACCCGGUCUUGGGCACCAACGGGGAGAACUGCGACACCAUGCUCUGGCUCAACUACUACUACUGCGUCGGCACCGAGAGCCUGGGCUCGCCGACCACGACGGUGACAAGGACGACGACGUCGCCCGCAACCUCCCCAACGGCGUCUUCUACGAGCGCUGCUCCAAAGCCGUCUCCGACUCAGCAAGGCAUCGUGGGCAACUGCAACAAGUGGGUGCAGGCCGUGACCGGCGAUUACUGUUGGAAACUGGCCAACGACGCCGGCAUCGACACGGCCCUGUUCUACCAGUGGAACACCGUCCUAGGAUCCGGAGGCGAGAACUGCGGCACCAUGAUAUGGCCGGACUACUACUACUGCAUUGGCGUCUCUUCGGGCAGCGCCACCACUUCGUCGCCUUCUACGACGACGACGACGACGACGUCCGCCGGUCCCGCAAAACCGACUGCCACUCACGCAGGCAUCCCGGCAAACUGCAGCAAGUUUGCCGAGGCGCCCGCGCAAGGCGCGUCUUGUUGGCAGUUGGCGACCGAUAACGGCAUCGAGCUGAGCCGGUUCUACCAGCUCAACCCCUCGCUUGGCACCAACGGGGAGAAUUGCGGCACCAUGAUCUGGCCGGGUUAUUUCUACUGUGUGAGCGUAGCAUAG